AUGUUAGACACUUUUCAAAUUCAGUUCAGAGGUGCCCAGGACUUCAAGGCUUAUUAUGAUUACGUGUGCGCUAUGUAGGACUCAGUCCCGUUGCCAGCAGUCAAGGCAAACCUGAGUCAAGGGAUGCUUGACUUUAACAGGGUUCGGCUCAAACGGACAAAUCUUUGACCAUCAAUUAACAGCUCCACCAUGUCGCGGUCAGCAGCUGGUACCAAAACAGUCUCGGUGUCGGAGAGCCAGGUAAGAAUCAAGUAGGCUAAACAACUUGAAACGUUAAGUAGGAACCCUUGCUUCAUAACCUGUCCUUAUUCCUUGUGCGAUCUCUGACUGGAAAAUGAAUUACUACCUUCAUCUUUCUACCCAUCUCAGAAAGGUACGGGUUGGACUUUAGGAAGAAGAUUCCAGCCAUCCGCUCCAAGGAGAUGACAUUCAAACUGUGUAUGACACUCCGAGAGUGUCUGACAGCUUCACCAAACCUCAAUACCCUCCAACUCCAUGGUCUUCCAUUGAGAGAGAGCGAGACUUUAUCACUCUCACCAAGGUAGCAAGUUGCAGAGGCACAUUAACCUAAACCAACCUAAGGUUCCGCAGUGCACUGACUAACUAGUUUGUUGUUACUCACCAGGGUUUAGCCAAAAGUGUCUCUUUGGAAAAUAUCUCCUUGGCUCACCGUGUGCAUGUUAAGGCUACAUCAACAUGUUUACAUUAUCUGCUUGUGUUUUCUCUAAUUUGUGUUUUCUAAUGUUCAGCUAUCUACCAGAGCUCUGUUUCCCUCUAAUGGUGAUGGUGAGUAUGACAUACUCAGAGAAGAUCUGGAUUGAAAUCAUUACACAUUCAACAAUUGCAUGGGCAGAAUCAUGCAUCCUUAUUGUGUGGUGUUUGGGGUUGUGUGUGAGCUCCCGUUGACUGACCUCUCCCCUGCACUGCAGCAUCAAGCUAUGCGUAGGCACAGUGCAGCCUAGGCCGCGUCUUGGAGGUACAGAAGGCCUGAAUUUAGGGCAUGGGAGGCCUCCGCUGGGUCACUCUCAACUGAAACACCCUGGUGUGAGACAAAGGGGCGGUUGCCCUCGCACAGGAGCUGGCUGAGGUCCUCUUGGUCAAAGGUUAGGGGACACAUUCAGUCUCUCAUUGACCCUCUUUCAAGUCAGUUAUUCAGGGUCUUUCCUUGAGCUUGAAUCCAUGGUCUUGUUCAUUAGGGCACACCGUAUCAAAACAUAUUUAUUAUUGGUGGUAUUGACUGUAGUUGUUUUCCUAGCCGUGGAUCUGCAGAAGUGUGAUUUGUCCAACGAGGGGGCAUGGUCUCUGCUGGAGGCUCUGAAGUCCAACUCCACUCUCUAUGUCCUUGACAUCAGGUGGAACCGCUUAGUGGGUAAGUUCCAACUUCGACUGCUCUGAGUGGAUGGGAUUGUUUCACUCACGGCACCAGUCAAAAGCGUAUCUUCUGGUAGUAGACAUAUCAGAAUGAUUAUAUCUAACAGGCUUGCUGUAAUGUCCUUUGAUAGUUUGUUUUAGGCCUAAUACGAGGCAUUCUUCCUCCUCUCCUCACGCAGACAACGACCUGGUGAAGAUUGUGAUCGAAAAAGAGUUCUCAUGAACACAAACGGUCAAUCCUCUCAGGUAGGGAUGUGUCUGCUCCUGGCCUUUCUGCCUAUUAAAGGAAACAUUGGGAGCCGUGUGUCCAUGAUCAGCGCAAGGUGGUACACACCGUAUUAUACGGGGGUGGGGGGGCUGAUGAUUGUAGUUUCUCAGUCGUAUAUGCUCCGUGUUUUAUUUUGAAGUACUCCUGGAUCAAGCCCCUGUCCCUCAACGACCCAUAGAAACCUCAAGGCCUUAAGAGAAGAACACUGGGAAAUACAGCUAGAGGAAAAGCAACAUUUAGGAUAGGUACUUUUCAUAGUUUACUCUCUCUUAAACUGUACAUCUUAUUCAUAAGACACUGUUGAUCGACGCCAUGUAAGUCAAUGUGAACAGAUGCCAUUGAGCUGCAUUCCAUAUGCUGCAUUUAAUUCCAAGGCAUUUGCUCUUUGACCUCCAGGCCCUCGCAGGUUGUCGCCAGCAGGUAGGUGGAGUCCAGGUGUUUCUCAGCAGCCACGCCCCAGCGCCAGCAGGUGUCUCCCAUGGCGCACUGCAGAACGCGCUGGACGACAGAGGUGAGGGCAGUCGUCGAGGAGGAGCAGAAAAAGGAUCCCAUUGA